AUGCUGGGAUUGACGCGCCUUGGGCUUCGUCGUUUUGGUACCCAUUCUCAUCUCAGGAAUGAUGGUAAAAUCAAUCUUACUGAGGUACUACAAAAGUCAGUUUUAUCUACUCCAAAAACUACCCCUCUGCAAAACAAGGAACCUGCUUAUGUCGCAGGUUCUGAGUUUCUUCCUAGUCCUUACUUUUUGCAUGCCAAAUGUUUAAAGAAUAACACCCAUGUGACCCUUUGCAAUCCCGAUAAAAAAAUCAUUUUCAAAGCAUCUGCUGGAUCAUGCGGAUUCCGGAAAGGAAAAAGACGUGGAUACGAUACCGCCUACACCGUAACCUCAAGGGUCCUUGAGCAGAUUCGUCUUAAGAAUUUAAGCAUUGAAAAUUUGUAUAUUGUCUUUCAAGGAUUUAGUCAAGCUCGUGAGGCCGUACAAAAUUGUUUACUAGGCCAGGAAGGUUCACUGAUUCGAGAUAAGAUCGUCAAAAUCAUGGAUAAAUCUGCCAUAAAGUUUGGUGGCCCCCGUGGAAGAAAUGAAAGAAGAAUUUAA